AUGCGCAAUUUGGCUUCCAUCCGUUACGAAGACUCAUCAAACGAAAACUGCCGCGGAAGGUUAUGGAUUGUAUUAGGCGGUCUCUAUGUAAUUAUACUUUGUGGCGGCAUACUUGCAGCUGUUAUAUUAUCAUUAGCGUUACCUGGUACAAAAAAGAAUGUAGGUCCGAGGAUUGGAAACGGAAUCACUGUUGCUGGUGGCAAUCGUAAGGGAUCACUCCCUGAUCAGCUAAAUGACCCACAUGGUUUCUUUGUUGAUAACCAAAGUAACAUUUAUGUUGCCGAUACGAACAACCAUCGUAUUGUACAAUGGUUGCCGGAUGCAAAGUAUGGCAUCAUUGUGGCAGGAGGAAACGGACCAGGAUCAAAGCAGAACCAAUUACGUUAUCCAUCAGAUAUAUGGAUAGACAGAUACAAUAAUAUGUAUAUCGCUGAUCCUGGUAACAGACGUGUUCAGCUAUGGACCAGUGGCGCAACUAGCGGACAGACGGUUUUUAAUGUAACCGAUGGUUGGAGCUCAAGCGAUUAUUACAGUCUAUAUGUAGAUGAAGUGAAUCAAGAAAUUUACAUAGCCGCUCGUUCGGCAGGCCAGAUUUUCAGGUACACACUUGGAAGUAGAAUGGGAGUAUUGGUUGCAGAUGGAUUCGGUCGAGGAAACGGAUCCCACCAAUUUAAUUAUCAGCGCAGGUUUACUGUUGAUCGCCAAGGGAAAAUUUAUGUUGCCGAUAAAUUUAACCACCGUAUUCAGAAAUGGUCAAGGAUUUACUCUACGACUCAAACUAUUCCGACAGCUAAAGUCGAGACUAUCGCGGGCAUUACCGGUAAAAAUGGAUCAAAUUUAAAUCAACUCUAUAAUCCAACAGAUGUCAUAUUAGACUUGUUAGCUAAAAAUAUCUAUAUAGCAGACUACGGCAAUGCACGUGUAAUAAGAUUACCCGCGAAUCUAGCUGAUAGUAAACGAGAAGGCGUCGUUGUACUAAAUCCAAUAUCCGUCAACGCAAUUCUUGAUGAUCUUUUAAAAUCUUAUGAUCGUUAUCAUCGACCAACAUAUGGAGGUGAACCUGAUAAAAUUAUUGUUAAUAUCUAUGUUCGUAGUAUGAGUGGUAUAAGUGAACUUGAUAUGGAAUAUUCAUUUGAUUGUUUUUUUCGACAACGAUGGACUGAUACUCGUCUUAUCUAUAAUACAACAUCCGUAAUGAAUUAUACAUCAUUACCAGUCAGUUUUCAAAUGUUUUCAAAAAUUUGGAAACCUGAUACAUAUUUUUAUAAUGGACAACGAUCGUAUAUUCAUUCUGUACCUCAUGUUAAUCGAUUUUUUCGUAUUGCAACUGAUGGUACUAUACUUUAUUCACAACGUUUAACAAUUCGAGCUUCAUGUAUAAUGAAUCUUCGAAAUUUACCACUUGAUACACAACAUUGUACAUUAUUAAUUGGUAGUUUUGCUUAUAAUAGUGAAGAAACAAUCUAUGAAUGGAGUAAUAAGACUGCUGUUGAUUUACAAAAUAAUUUAAUUAUGAAUCAAUUUUCAUUAAUUGAUGCAAGUGUCGGUUCACGAAUACUAAUUAGAGAAAAUCGUACUCGAUCAAUAAUAUAUGUUGUAUUUGCAUUUCGUCGUCAUGUAGGUUAUUUUCUACUUCAAUUAUAUAUACCAUGUGUACUAAUUGUCUUUUUAUCAUGGGUUGGCCUUUGGUUAAAUCGUGAAGCAACAAAUGAUCGUAUUAAUUUAGGUGUAACAACUAUCUUAACACUUAUAUUCGUUAUAAUUGAAGGAAAAAAAGAUUUACCAAAAGUUCCAUAUAUAACAGCACUUGAUUGUUUCUUAGCUGUAUGUUUUAUAUUUGUUUUUUCAACAUUAUUCGAAUUUGCAAUUGUUCAUUAUUAUACAAAAGCACGAACAGGUGAUCUCAAUGAAAAUAUGCGUGAUUUAGAAGAUUAUGUUAUUCGAGAUGAUGGUACAAAUGCGGAUGAACAUGAUAUUAGUCGUAAUGAUGUUCAUUUAGUAUAUCGACCAUCAUUAGCACCAACACCAUCCAUAAAUAGUAGAACAUCAGAAAAGAAAUCGUACAAAUGUUAUCGAAAUAUUCGUUGUAAACCAGCCUAUUCAGCAUUUCAAGGACGAGCUUUAAAAAAUAUUUUUUAUUCAAAUAGCGAAAGUAAAAUUGAUAUUUUUUCACGAACUAUGUAUCCCGUAGCUUUUUUUAUAUUUAAUUUUAUUUAUUGGGCCUAUUAUUUACAUGCUAGUCAACAACAAUCAAAAGGCGAAAAAGAAUAA